CAGAUUACUGAUUCCAGCGACUUCUCAAUGACACGUAAAGUCGAAAUUGCAACCAGACAUUGAAAAUAUGGAAGUAGCUGAAUUUAAAUGUUUUGUUUUAAUUUCCAAGAAUUGUGAUACAUUUGUAGCAAGAACAUUUGAGAAGCAAUUUAACUUCCUUCUAAUCUAUCCAGUUUGGUAUACUAAAAGUCUACAUCCCUUUUCCCAGGAUUUCCCACACAAGCUCAUCUGACCACGUUUUGUAAUGUCUACUGCCAUUUUUAGCUUAUGACUCACCAUCCUGAUCAGAUUCAGAAUAUCCAUUAAAUACAAUUAUGCCGCUAAACUUUCCCACAAAGAAGAGGUUUGUAUGCGCUGUGUUUUUUCUCCAGAAAAAAAAAGUCUGUCUGCAAUAUGUAACCCGGUGGUUUCUGUGUGAUCUCAGAUUCCAGUCUAAGCUCCAGUGUGAAGCCAGUUUCCUCUAAACGGAUAACCUUUCCAUUAUCUACAGACAAGCAGGUCACCAUGAGAGGAAGAGAGUGAAAAAAAAGGGUUUUUUAGAAUCAAACCACUUCUUGGAAAACCUAUUAACGCUGGAGACCCACAUUUUAUAAGAAAUGCUGAACUAAACUGUGGCUCUCAAUUCAUAAGUACAAAAAUAUAUACAGUAUACAUUGUACACAAUAUGACAUAAGCAUUCUACAAACACACGGUGAGAUGUGUGUUUAAAAUAAGAUGCAUUUCAAGAGGCGCUCUGUUUCCUGAAUGUGUAAUUGCUCUUUUCCUGCUGUGGCAGCGGCAACCAACACCGAGCUGUUGGGAAGCAUAGAUAAAACGAAGGAAUACCUUCCUUUACAGCUGAUGGAGAUUCUAUCAGUGAAACAAUAGAAUACCAGACACAGAUGUGUGGAGACAGUCCGGACAGAGCCAAGAGAAUUUCCAGAGAAUUCCCUCUUCCCCUCCCUGAUUGAAAAACCAUCCUUCUCACACAUUUACACAUCUAAUUUACAGUAAAUCUUUUAAAUAGACUAAAAGGAAUGUAUAUAGUUAUACAUGUCUGCAUCACAGUUCUUUUUUUAUUAAAAAUACAGUAUGAAAUAAAGACAGAAAUCAGUGCAAUACCCCUUACUAUGGGAAAAAGAAAAAAAACCCUUAAAACUUCUUCAAAACUCUCUGCAAAAAUAUAUGUAAAACUUAAUUAUUUUUCGAGAGAACCUGGAUCACCAACUGUUUUCCUACUGCUGUGUCCUUACUUUAUACUGAAGAUCUUUACAAAUCAGGGUUCCAACUGUAAACAGAUAAUCUCUGUUAUAUUUCAAUAUCCAACUUUUAUCAGUAUAUUGUCUUUGCUGCUCUUUCCGUUCCGAUUCCUGUGAUAUGGGUUAAAAGAUCCAGAGCAGGGGUGCCCAAUAAGUAGAUUGCAACCUACCAGUAGACUGCAAAGGGAAUACUGGUAGAUCAUUGGCUAUUAAAGUAAAAAUAGAAACUAUAAAUGUCAUUCUAUUUUCAGAUUAAAUCUCUUGCACUAAAUUAGUAACCAUAUAAGGAUUGAAUCAUAUUAACAAAACAUUUUGUUAUUUUUAAGGGCACUUUUUAGACACAUCUCUUAUAAAGCUGGUAUUAUUUAGCAAUCUUACAUUUUCCAAUACUAAGGAGAAAAUUUAAUUUUCUCUUUAGUGUUGAAAAGGGACUGUAUGUAUGACAAAAAAACUCGUUUUUAGUUUUCAUCCAAAUGUUUCCCCUUUAUUAAACAAGAAACUAGUUAUUUGAGGUGAUUUUUUUUUUUACUCUACUCUUUUGGGUGAUACUUCUUAGCUAUAGUUGAUCUCUUUGGGCCCUAAGAAUUUGGUGUUCUUUUGUACGCAGAAUUGUCUUCUUAUACUUUCCAAAUCCAUUUUCUCAUUAGGAUGCCACGUUUGGGCUCACUCCUCUAGAAUAGUUUUCUGGCUUAUCUUGUUCUUCGUGACAAAAACAUAACUUUUCUGACCGUAAUCUGCAAUUGUUACAUUUUCUUUUCAACCAUCUGUAUUACAACGGGCAAAAAACUCAGUUUAAGAGCCGCUGUUUUCUCUGUUUCCUUAUUUUUCGGCAAAUUAAUACAUUAAUUACAUUACGUUAUUGGUAACGUAUUUAAAAUAUAAAAAAGAUGACUCCGGAAGCCUUACAGUAGCCGUUGUUAUUUUCACCAACAAUCGACUCUUUUACUGGUUGGGAAGUUUUCGGUGAAGAUAUCAACCAAUUAGACUGAUGUAUGGUGAGUGCGUUUUGCCUAACGUCAUAUCCGCCUCGAUGCGCGGUUUGUUUGUCUCCAGAAAACUGUUCGCUUCUUUCUCCUUUUUGUGUUUUUAGUCGUAAAUAUUAAAACUGUGUCGUUUAGACGAGCAAGAAAUGUAGGGAUGUAUCUGUCGCUAUUGUACGUUUGAACAGAAGAUUCCGACCAAUAUUUAUGUGUCUAGGAGCGGAAAGCAGCGUCUGUUCCUAACACUGUCAUCAUGUCCCAGACCAACACUUCUCUCCUGGACGAGGUCGUCCAGUGGAGUCAGGAAACCUGCCGCCAGGAGCUGAAGUCUGUCCUUCCUAAACUCAAUUCUUUACAGCAGAAGUCAGUGAGUUGGGAGGAGCACAUACGAAUACUGAAGAUUAUCACAGAUAUGUUCCUUCCACAUAUCCGUUUGUCAGAACUGGAAGAACAGUGCUUUGCUAUAUUCCUACCUAAGGCUGUAGUAGUGUUUGACAGCAUGAUCGAAGAAAUCUUAGACCAAGUUGGAGGGUUGUCCAGUCAAAACGUCGAACUGCGUGGCUCAAUAAGAAGUAUUCUUCAGGCAAUGGUGCAGGUCAUCAAUGCAGUGUCGGCUUGUGUUCAACGUGUUCGCUCAUUUGAGCAAAUUCCUGAUCUGGAUGCUAUUCGCUCCUUACCCACUUGUGUCCUGAAAGUUUUAAGGAAAACCUUUCUACACUGCAAGGAGAGUGAGGUCGUCUACUGCAACCGUCUGUCCCUGGUUGCCGACCUUCUGCAGGGACUAUUUAAGGAAGCGUAUGCUCUCCAGAAGAGUCUGUUGGAACUGUUGGACCAGAUCUCUCUAGAUAGCGGUGCCUCAGAGGAGGAUAUCUCAGGCAUUGUUACGAUCAUUCACAGCCUGCUGGAUAUCUGCUCUAUUAUCUCUGACUUGGACAUAGCACUGCAUGCAAACACAUGGAAAUUCCUCAUCAAGCAGAGUCUCAGACAUCGAUUGUUGGUGGAGGAACGUCUGCAUCAUGGUGACAUCAGUUCCAGCCUGUGUGAAAACCUGCUGUCGUUCUUUCGCAGCAGUGUGGAGUUGGCCAAACAGAUAGUACAGGCUGGUCUGAAGGAUGCAACACAGAGCACAGAAUACAAGUUGUUCCAGAAAACUGCAAAGACAAGCAGGUUUUUUGCCAACACCCUGGUUCAUUAUAUUAAGGAAUUCAAGUAUUUUCUCACAGAGUCUCACAGCUCCAUUCAUCACCUUUACCUUCAGAUUCUGAGCAAGUUCCCUCCCAGCCUGUCUGCUCAAACACUGCCCACAGCUCUGUCUGAGGAGUUGAGAGCAGCAGCUCUGAUUCCCAUGGACGCACUGCUGCUUCAGUUGAUGCCUCUGAGACCGUUUGCUGAAAUUGUCCUCCAACCAGACCUGCAGUUGAGUCCUGAACAUGAGCUUCCUCAGUGUCUUCUGCUGGUGAAUGUUGUGGGUCAGCUGGUCACACAGACGGAGGAUGUGCUGCGUCUUUGGCACACAGGUAGCCAGUUCUCAGAAGACACACCCAGGCUUCCUCUGUACAAAGCCUUGUUCAUGAGUUUCCGUCGUUGCUACACUGAGCGCGUAGUACCAGUGCUGCUGCCAGGGGUCAUGAUGAAGGGUCAGGCCCAGGUCCAAGUCUCUGUGCACCACCAUGUGUGUGUGAACAUGUGUGCCUCUGUGGCCUCACUUCCUCCUGUUUACUUUCCUGUUCUGGAGAGAUGUCUGGUGGAUGCAGUCUUGCAGGCUGAUUUACAGACUGCUUUGCUGGCAACUGAUGUUUGGUGCUUUACAGCCCGAUAUGGGACAGCAGAGCUCUGUCUACAUCAUGUUCUUCUCGUUGCUCAGCUGGUAAAGACCUGUACCGUUAACUGUUACCAGUUCUUCUACCUCGGGCUGCUGUUGAAACGCAUGGUCUUUCUUAUAACGCCAAACCAUCAGAUGGAGCUGCUCAUACGGUUCCCUCCUAGUGAAGAAGACAAUCUCCCAGUUUGGCGUCACAUUCUCCUUAAGGCUCUUUCACAGGAAGUCCGUCAGUGUGUGGAGACUGAAAUCAUUGGCAUUGCUCAAAGGUUGACACUAAACUGGCAGACUAAAGGACACAAACUGGGACAUGUGGCCAAACUGAACGUGGUGCUGUUUUCACUUUUGGCUGUGGUCCGGGGGCAGUCGUCUCAUGAGGAACAGUGCGUGUUGUCUGUUAUGAGAAUAGUCACACAGCUCUGGUCACGUAUGAAUCCAGACCAGGUGCUGACUCACCCUGUGCUCCAGAGCACUGUGCAGUUACUCCUGUCACUUUCAGCUGUGUUGGUGAAGAACAUCGAUCCCCAUGUCAUUAGUCAGGCUCUUUUGUGUGUGGAAGUUCUGGUGUCAAAAAAUUGUCCGGAUCACCUUCUACUGGCUGUCCUGGAGUUUUUGGCCUCACUGGGAAAGGUUUUUGUGCCUCAUCAAAGCCAGAGUCAAAUUCUGCCGAAGCUUAGCAGUCUGUUUGGGGUCUUACUUGCUGAAGGACCCUGGCUGCUCCACCAACAUGCCCUGGAGACAUUUUCUCAUUAUGCAGAAGUUACAAACCAUGAGGAAGUCAUUUCCCAGAGUUUAUCAAAAGAAGAAACAAAGACCGAGGUGGUGAACUAUCUAAGCAAGACUGUUAAUGCUCAGGAAGAACCUGAGUCACGUCUACAUAGACUCAAACUGGAAAGAGCUGUGGUUCAGCAACACAAUAAGAAGCUGGAAAAUGACAAGGAAGAAUUUGUUUGUAUAAAAGAGGCUGAAGAAUCACGUUCAGACUCAGAGCCUUGUCCAAAGAGAGCUCGACAGGAACCCAGUGCAGAAGAGUAUAGUCGCUACGUCCAGACAGCGGAAAAUUCUUUAAAGGCUCUUCAGGCUUUGAUUGAGAGCCAGACAGACCCUUGUCCAAAACCACCAUGGCUAGAAGGAAAACUGCAGGAGCUGCAGACUCUCAUCGUCCACAUCAGAACACUUGGACAAACAGGUUAACAGCAACACAUGACACUCCUGGGUUGUGUAAAAUGUUAAUUAAACUUGUUUGAUUAUGAUGCAAUAUACAUUACUUAUUAGUGUUCAUCCUUAUUUGUUUCAAAAUACCAGUGUUAACCAGGCACAAGACAAUAAGCUGUUAAUAUUGAGAAAAAACAGGGUUGUUUUUGAUACCAUAAAAUCUUUAUUUCACCAGCAAACUGAUAAAUUAUAUACUUCAUAUUCUGCAUUCAUUCAAAGUGCAAGCUUUCUGAUAAUCAAACCUGAUGCAGAAGUUACAAUCUGCCAAGUGUUAUUAAUCUUCAAUGCCAAAAAUAAAGUUGGCACAUUAAAAAAGGAAAAAAAAAAAGAAAAACAAACUUUUUUUU